AUGUCGACGCAGUUCUACCAGAUGAGCACCAAGUUGCUCGGGGACACUAUGGGUAAAAUGAACGAGAACUUGACCUCCCUGGUUCUGGCUGCUUCUCUUUUUACUCUGACUUUGGGUUACGUCUCCAAAAGGCUGCUCAAGGAGUCUGAAGACAAAGACGCGAAAUAUCCGCCCUACAUUCCCUCCAGCAUCCCAUUCCUCGGGCAUGCCAUUGCUUUUGGUAAAAGUCCAAUUGAAUUUCUGGAAAAUGCUUAUGAAAAAUAUGGUCCUGUGUUCAGCUUCACCAUGGUGGGGAAAACUUUCACUUACUUGCUGGGCAGUGACGCGGCCACACUUAUGUUCAACAGCAAGAACGAAGACCUGAACGCAGAAGACGUCUACUCCAAACUGACGACGCCAGUGUUCGGGAAAGGAGUAGCCUACGACGUCCCAAACCCUAUUUUUCUGGAGCAGAAAAAGAUGCUGAAAACUGGACUGAACAUCGCUCAUUUUAAAGAGCAUGUAAAGUUAAUCGAGACAGAAACCGUUGAGUAUUUCAGGAGAUGGGGAGACAAUGGAGAGAGAAAUCUGUUUGAGGCGUUGUCGGAGCUGAUCAUCCUGACCGCCAGCAGCUGCCUCCAUGGGAAGGAGAUCCGCAGCAUGCUGAAUGAACAAGUGGCUCAGCUCUACACCGACUUGGACGGGGGAUUCAGCCACGCCGCUUGGCUUCUGCCCACCUGGGUUCCUCUCCCAAGCUUCAGGAAACGAGACAGAGCUCACAGAGAGAUCAAGAACAUCUUCUUCAAGGUGAUUGAAAAGCGGAGGAAAUCUGGAGAGACAGCCGACGACAUCCUGCAGACUCUCAUCGAUGCUACUUACAAAGAUGGUCGGCCGCUGACCGAUGACGAAAUUGCCGGGAUGCUGAUUGGUCUCCUCCUGGCGGGUCAGCACACAUCGUCUACCACCAGUGCCUGGUUGGGGUUCUUCUUAGCCCGGGACAAAGCUCUUCAGGAUCGCUGCUACGCUGAGCAGAAGGCUGUGUGUGGAGAAGAUCUGCCGCCGCUCGACUUUGAUCAGCUGAAGGACCUGAACCUGUUGGAACGCUGCCUGAAGGAGACCCUGAGGCUCCGCCCACCUAUAAUGACCAUGAUGAGGAUGGCUCGCACACCUCAGACUGCCGCAGGAUACACCAUCCCCGUUGGCCACCAGGUCUGCGUCUCCCCCACCGUCAACCACCGUCUGCGCGACGCCUGGAUGGAAAGGAUGGAGUUCCGUCCGGAGCGGUACCUCAACGACACUGCCGACAAGUUCGCCUACAUCCCGUUUGGCGCCGGUCGCCACCGCUGCAUUGGGGAGAACUUCGCCUAUGUCCAGAUCAAGACCAUCUGGUCCACAUUGCUGCGCUUGUACAAAUUUGAGCUGGUGGACGGAUAUUUCCCCACAAUCAACUACACAACGAUGAUUCACACCCCGCAUAACCCCGUCAUCAGAUACAAGAGGAGGAAGCAGUGAGAGACGAAGGGUAGAUGAGGCGAGAAUCAAAGACUUUCAUGAACUUCUUGGUUUGGUUUUAAUUGAAGCUCUGACAUCCUGGGACUGGAAGGAAAUGCGGAUUUAUGCUCCCAGUGUCAGCCCUGCAGUAAGUCUGAAGACUGGUCAGAAUGUCAGCAUCAUUUUAGAUGCUUCCUGUCUAAGACACACAAAGCUAAUGUGAGUUUUCACAAGUGGAAAUCAGAUGGGAAGACAAGUACACUGACUUUUAUUAAGAGUUUGAAAAUAAAUCGUCUUCCUCAACAGCUUCUCUGAAAUCUCUUUAGUUUAUGAAAUCUGAAAUGCACUUCUAAAGGAGGAAAAGCUCAUGUGUGCACAAGGAGAACAUGAUUCUAGUUGACAUUUUAACUCACGUUUUGCCACUAUGUAAACUGAUCAUCCUCAACAUAAGAUAGUCAUAGAAAAACGCAGUGUCUUCAGUCAGAGGCUUCUAAUGCACUGUAAUACAGACUGCUACAGAAGAUCCUUCCUAUCCACAGCCGUCCCCAUUCCUUCAACUCACGCUGCCUGGUGGUGGGAUAAAAUUGGGUAAUUUUUGUCUCAUUUCAAGUUAUUUUUGACUUUACUUUUUUCUUUAGACAAAAUAACCUAGCUUUGCCAUUUACUGACUGAUUAAAAUAAACAUGUAUAUUUUGAAUAAUAUGCCGAUUUGUCUGCCAUUUUGAAGGGUAACAAUAAGAAUAGCGGCUCUUUGUCAAGUUGUGUGUAACAGGGUAACGGGAAGUCAUUACCAAGUAAAUGUUUGAAUAAAACGUUUUGAUAAAAACAA